ACAUCAAGUAGUUCUCACAUUCACAACUGUUCUUAAGAAUACUCACCUUAUUAUAUAAUCAUUAUUAUGUAGUGUACGUAUUCAUCGUCAUCGUGCAGUAAAUGAAAGAGAGUUGUUCACCAAAAGAAAUGAAAAAAGAGUUUCAGAUAUGGAGAUGCUGAGCAACAAGUGGGUCGCUACGGUUGCCAGUAUAUGGAUCCAAUGCAGCGUCGGCGCAUACACCUUCGGCAUCUACUCGUCGGCGCUCAAGUCCAGUCAAGGCUACGACCAAUCUACCCUCGACACCGUUUCGGUCUUCAAAGACAUCGGAACGAAUGUUGGGGUUCUCUCCGGCCUCCUCUACUCAGCCGUCGCUGUCAAAAUUUGUCCUUCUCCGUGGUCGGCGACCCAGUUGGGUGGACCGUGGGUUGUGCACUUGGCCGGUGCUUUACAAUGCUUCGUGGGUUAUUUCUUCAUGUGGGCUGCGGUGGCCGGAGUAAUUCCUCGGCCACCGGUGACGGCAAUGUGCUUUUUCAUGUUCUUGGGGUCUCACUCUCAGACGUUCUUCAACACCACCAACGUUGUCUGUGGAGUUCAAAACUUUUCUAAUUAUAGUGGAACCAUCGUCGGCAUCAUGAAGGGCUUUCUUGCGCUUAGUGGAGCAAUAUCUGUUCUAGUAUACGACAUAUUUUGCGGAGGCAAUCCAACCAAUUUCCUUCUUAUGCUUGCCUUAUUGCCUACGUUUAUCUCUCUGUUGCUCAUGUUUUUGGUGAGAACCUACAAAACUACCAGCACAGUCGAUGAUAAGAAACACUUGAAUGCUUUCUCUGCCAUUGCUCUAAUCAUUGUUGCUUACCGAAUGAUAAUUAUAAUUUUACAAAACUUCUUCACUUUUCCUUCAUGGGCACAAACAUUUUCAUUCCUGCUUCUUCUGCUUCUACUCGUCUCUCCCAUUGGAAUUGCAAUCAGAGCCCGAAGAGACGACUCGAAAAGGGUCGUCGUCUUCGAGUCUUCUGAUGCAGGGGAUGUUUCAAAAUAUGAACAGCUAGUACCCAGUUCAGAUGACAAAUUGGUACUGCAAAAUGGAGAAGAUUUGAAUCUUUUGCAAGCCGUGAAAACUCUAAAUUUCUGGUUAUUGUCUGUUAUCACUGUCUGUGGAAUGGGCUCAGGGGUGGCCACCAUAAACAACAUGAGCCAAGUGGGUGAAUCUCUGGGUUACAAAACAAUUGAGAUAAACUCUUUUGUUUCUCUGUGGAGUAUAUGGAAUUUUCUGGGCCGUUUGGGAGCUGGGUUUUUGUCAGAUCUCUUGUUGCAUAAUAAAGGAUGGCCAAGACCAUUGUUAAUGGCAAUUACCCUAGCAAUCAUGGUUUCUGGUCACAUAAUUAUUGCCUCCGGUUUCUCAGGGAAUCUGUAUAUUGGUUCGUUUUUGGUGGGCAUUUGUUAUGGUUCACAGUGGGCUCUAAUGCCCACAAUCACUUCAGAGAUCUAUGGUAUAGGUCACAUGACUACUAUUUUCAACACCAUUGCCGUAGCAAGUCCAAUAGGAUCUUAUAUAUUUUCGGUAAGAGUAAUUGGGAAUAUAUAUGACAGAGAAGCAUCAAAGGAAGCAGAGGGCGGCUCUUGUUUGGGAACUCAGUGCUUCAUGUUGUCUUUUAUGAUUAUGGCAUUCGUUGCUUUUUUUGGGUUUCUUAUUGCUAUUUUGUUGUUUUUUAGGACAAAGAGGUUCUACCAAUUGGUUGUGCUUAGAAGAUUAAAGAAAUCUCCUCUAAGACAGUGAGAUUUUUGGAUUAUGUGCUAGCUAAAAAAAGAAGUAAUUAUAUGAUUCAUUACAGCAAUAAAGGUUUUCGUCCACCUUUAAGUAUGUAUCUAAAGCAAGAAAUGCUUGAGAGAAAAAGUCGCAUAAAAUCCCCAUAUUUUAUGGAUAGCCAUUGGUAUAGAAAUGAGUAGGUUGGCCUUUAUGUACAUGUACGUCCAACUCCAUCCAUGGUCUGUUGAGUGGUAGAUUUAGUUGAAGGAAAAAUUGACUUGUGGGCUUUUGUCCAGCAGAUAGAUGCCAAGUUAUUAUUAGUGCCAUUAAUGGUGUUGCCAGUAAGGUUGAAUGAUAGUCUUGGUUAUGUUAUAAAAUUGGUGUUAAAUAAAGUUCUUUUGAUGAUUGUUUCUUUCAAUGGGUUUCAAUGCUCUUGUAGACUAUGGGUGUUUUUGGAUGUAGAAAUUUUUAUUUUUUAUUUAUUUUUUAUUUUGGCUUUUUUAUGUUCUUUGCUGUACAGUCUUACGACUCAGAAAAAAAAAAAAAAUAAAAAAAUUGUGAAGUGUAGAUAGAUUUAAAAGCUCUCGUUUAUUUUUUCUUA